AUGGACUCGUUCCCUGGUGUCGCGCUUAUUGUCUGCGCUUCUUCACAUACGAAUUACCAAACCAUCCCUUCAAACUCCAAUAAUUAUUGUACACCGAGGCUGACAUUCGUAGCAACUGGUCGUGCCACCUCUCUGCAGCUUUCGAAGCAGGGUUGUACUCGGCUCGUUCUCGUAGACGAAGACCGCAACAAGACAGAGGCCCUUGCUCGCGCAUGCCGUGAUGUUGGAGAGCAGGAUAUGGAGCUUCUAGUGUUGACGGGGGAUCUCAAUGACGCCGAGACAGUCAGGCAGCUUACCGCACAGGCAGUAGACCAGUAUGGGCCCAUUCACUAUGCUGCCAAUUGUCUUGACAUGCCUAUGACAUUUGGCUUUACCGCGGACCUCAGUCUCGAAAGCUUCAAAAUGCCAGCUGAGGUUGUCCAGAGAACGAUAUGGCUCUGGAUGCGUGAAGAGAUUUCGCAAUCCCUCAAACAAGAAACCAACGAAGCUUUCUUAAGCAUCGUCAACGUUGCGACUGUUCACGGCGUUGGAUCGGAGCCUCAAUUACCGAGUUGCGCAGCAGCAAGCCGCGCCAUCGUGGGCAUGACGCGAACCACAGCCAUGGACUACGUGACGAGCGGAAUCCGGGUCAAUUGUGUGUGCCACUCUGCGCUGGCUCAGCAAUGCUCUGCGGAUACGCAGGUUAAACCCGAGCAGAAGCUUUCGCGCUCACCGUUGGGAAGGCAUCUACAGGCGGAAGAAGUAGCUCACGCAGUUUCGUUUCUUCUCGCAAGGCAGUCGUCCGGUAUCACUGGAACGACGUUACCAGUCGAUGGGGGUUGGUCACUGUACCACUAUUGA